GCAAACUUUUCUGAAGCGUUCAUGGGGGCUGUCCCGAAGCCCGUCUUGGAGGCUACAAUUGAAGCAGGCUUCGCAGCAUGCAAGCGCUUCUGUGCCCUGCUUUGAUCUCCGUGCAGUUGCUGAUACUUCACCGGCCAGCACUUCCGUCGUUCAGAAGGUCACCUAGAAUUAGUCCUAGCAAAGCCAUGGUCGUGACUCGGGCCAUAUCCAAACCCGAGCCAGCUGAGGGGGCUGGACCUUCUGAGAUGCUCAAUCGAGCUGAGGCAUCUGGCACAGGGCCGGUGGACAAGGAAGCAGCAGACCGCAUCGCACGCAGUUCGCUCUACUUUGAUGUACCAGCCAACAAGCAACCAAUUCUGUACACAUCGAACUACGACAUCACCUUCUUUGGCCUGGAGAAAAUGCACCCAUUCGACUCAACCAAGUGGCGGCGAUGCCAUGCCUUUCUUCUGGAGGGCGGCCAAGUGCGGCGGGAUGAAGUGGUUGAGCCGCAAGAAGCUACCCAAGAGGACCUCCUGGUGGCACACACUCCGGAGUAUUUGGCCAGCCUUCGAACUUCCGUGACUGUGGCGCAAAUCACGGAGCUGGCGUUUGUCGCUCUGCUGCCCAACUGGCUCGUCCAACGGCGGCUGAUGCGGCCGUUCCGGUACCAGACCGGCGGAACGGUCCUCGCCGGAAAGCUUGCGAAGGAGAGGGGGUGGGCGAUCAACAUCGGGGGCGGGUUCCACCAUUGCUGCGGCUACCAGGGCGGGGGCUUCUGCGCGUACGCUGACAUCACGCUCGCCGUCAAGUUCGCGAUGGAAAAGCAAAAGGUCGAGCGGGUGAUGAUUGUGGACCUAGACGCCCACCAAGGAAACGGCCACGAAAGUUGA